GGCGAUGGUCUUGACUCUUCCAGCGCGUUGGUCAAAACCAUCAGGGGCGUCCUCCUCGGGGAGCAGGCUGUGCAGACUCCAGAGGGUGGACGAGCAUGAGGCUGAGGGUCAGCAUUUGAGGGGCGCCAUCUUUUGCCCAGACCAUUUCGAAAAUUUUAACCUUUCCAUGUAGGUACCUAGAGCAGUUCUUAAGAGCUUGGAAGUGAACGUAGCAGGGGCUUCGGCACCUUCCCACACGUCUCUUGGAAAGCAAUCUCCACGUGCUUCUGGCUGCCAUUUCAUCUUCCCACCAAAAACAUCCAGGCUUGGGGGUCGGAGACCGAGUUGAACCAUGGCUUUUGUGGGUGCGGUUGAUCGAGUCACUUCAGUCCAUGCAACGAUUGUUGGGCGGAGCCUGGAAGCAGGCCGACGGAAUGGGGAGCGAUUGGCUGGCCCUGCCCCACUUAUGCGGAGCCAGGCAGACGAGGGAAUGCCUGGGGUCUGUUCAACUAGUGGCAGGACUCACCUCAGAAGUCCAGGCUUCCGGCGGCGAGCCACCGCUCCUUUGUUUGCCGAGACAGGGCAUGAGGAGUUCUACAGUGGUGCUGUUGUUGGCAAGAGAGGGCUGACGAGGACGAGCGUUACGGCCUCGGCGGUUCUGCGAGAGGGCCAACUCGACGACAUCUAUCAGAGGGCCAGAGAUCUUGGUCGGGCGGAAGAUGUGGCUGCAGGCCAUCCAACACAGGAGGGCUUUCUGGCGCUGUCCACAGAGGUCAGGGAGAUGCGGAAGCAGCUGAACAGCAUGGAGAAGGCCAUGCGCAAGAUGAAGGAUUCAUCGUCCUCAUCAAGCAGCAGCAGCAGCAGCAGCUCCUCCUCCAGCAGUAGUGACGACGGGAUGGGAAAGAGCGUACGAAAGGCCAUGAAGCUGGAGGCCAAGCGGCGGAAGGCUGACAGGAAGGCAGCGAGCAAGGGCCUGAAAGGGCUUCGAGCGAGGGCGGGGGCGUUGAUGAUGGACCGGAUGGGGGCCGUCGACGGUCUUCAAAGGGAGGCUGCGGCUGUCGGGGUAAUGACGAGCACAGAUGUGCUGAGGGUCGCAGCGGCGAAGUCAGCGGUCAAAGCGGGGAAGGUGGAAGUGUGCAUGAGCGGCAAGUGCCGGAAGUAUGGGGGUAUGGGCAUUCUCCAAGCGGUGAAUGCGGCGUUGCCUGCAGGGUCUGCUGUUGAGGCCAGCCCUUGCAAGUGCCUAGGGAAGUGCGGGUCUGGACCUAAUGUAAAAGUACGGCCAGAAGGAACGAGCUCGACGCUGCACACCCAUGUGGAGCCGAACGAUGUGGAGGCCAUUUUAUGGCGCCAUUUUGGCCUUGAGAAGAGUGGACAACGGCCGUUGGGCCCGAGGAUCCCUGCGGUCGCAUCCGCGAGCAAAAUGCUGGAGCUUGUGAGUUAGGAGAGUCUGCGGUUUUGCCGUUGAGCGCAUUGCUUUUGAGAUCAAUCGAGAAACUUAGGUUGAGAUGCUUUGUAAGUCGGUUGGGUUGGAGGAGGAGUAGCUUUGUGUACCAUAACCUGAGCCAAUUUGAUCAUCAGGCUAGGCCUCGCUCGCAAAUUGAUUUGAUUCCAUGGAGAGUUCACCCGCUGUGCCCCACUAUUCAAGGGCUUUCAUUCAGUCCCGUUGGACAUCAAGACAAAAGUGACGUUGUCAAGACAUGAGUUAGAGCAAUAAAAUUGAUUCAAUCUUAAAAGGUGCUGCCAAACCAGCUUUGCACUCUAGUGGUCUCAUCUGUUGUAUCCAAUCAAUGGACCGUGGCUAUAGCCUGUGCAGAUUGCAUAUGUUGCUGCCCCCAAUAAACCGAGUGAUCUUGCUUGAUACUGUUUGACAAACAUACCGACAAUUAUAAAUACAGCUAGGCCUCCCUCCUUGCCAAUGUCCUC